AUGACGGACACUACUUUCCACGUCACCAAGGAAGACAUCCGCAAGCCUGAGUCUAAGCUCGGUGGGCACCACCACGGCAAGACUCCUGCCAACUCCAAUGUUUCUGGACUCAAGUCUGUGAUCGACAAGAACACCGACAAGGUGAAGGAGAUCGACGAACGCAAGGCCAAUCUUCCCCUUCCUGAUCAGCCACCCACAGCCAGUGACUGGCAGUCCGCCAACGGCAAGGUCACUGGUACCGGUUCCGGCCAGUUCGAAUCCCCCGUCUCUGGAGAGAACAACAGCGCCCUGAGAGGCCCAGCUACUGCAGGCAGCAGUGUUCGUGUGGAUGGAGAGGAGUUCAAGAAGGAGACGCAGCCUGGAAGCGGCGUUGGACGACAGGCGAAGGACCAGCUGGACGACCUGCCCAAGGACGCGCAGGCGCGAUAA